GUGGUUUUGGGUUCUCCAUCUCCACCAAGAACCAGAACCUCCCGAUGAUCCCUCCACCCGUGUCCCACCAACCUUUCUCCACCCUGCAGGUCUUCGUCCAACCGGCCAACGUGGCCGUCACCAAGAUGGACGUCAACAACCUGGCCAUGGUGAUGGCCCCCAACUGCCUGCGCUGCCAGUCGGACGACCCGCGGGUCAUCUUCGAGAACACGCGCAAGGAGAUGUCCUUCAUCCGCGUCCUCAUCCAGCACCUGGACACCAGCUUCAUGGAGGGCGUCCUAUAGCGCUCGGCCACCGGGACAUCUCGGCCUCGAGGACAUCCCGUGGGGGAGGAGGUCACCGUGGCCAUCGGGGUCCCCGCGGUGGCCGAUUGGUUGUCUCCGGGGUGAUGGAGGAGGAGGAGGUCACCGUGGCCAUCG